AUGGCCAAUAAGGUGCUAGGGAAGACUAGCCAUGAUACAAGAGGCCUUCCAAUAGUUCAUCACAGCAAGUAUUUGUGUGAGCUGCCACCCAACCACAGAUUGCCCAUGGGGAAAUUUCCCAGAGUACUAGACUUCCUCAUCAAGGACCAAGGCAUCAAAGGCCAACAGGUAAGACAUUUAUGGGCCCCUGCCUCCCACAAUCUUUUAAGCUCUGUGUGCACAGAAUGAUACCUGAACAACUUCAUAAAUGGCCAGAUCGAUGAGAAAGAGCAGAGGAGGGCGGGCGUUGCGUGGAGUGAGGGCAUAGUGCGACGCUGCAGAUAUGAAACAGGUGGCACUGUGCUAGCAGCAGAAAUUGCUUUCAGAGGGCUUGCAUGCAGAAUGGCCAGGGGGACCCACCAUGCUUUCACCAGCUUCGGAUCAGGCUUCUGUCUCCUCAACAACCUGGCAGUAGCUGCCAAGCCCAGGAGAAAGAUUCUCAUUGUCGAUCUAGAUGUGCAUUAG